AUGCGCUACUCACUCGGAUUGAUGGGCCUUGCUGCCCUGGCAGCUGCCAGCGAUGUGCACGACUUGACUGAGGAGACCUUUGCACCUUUCAUCAAGGAGAACAGCCUUGUCCUUGCAGAGUUCUUCGCCCCAUGGUGCGGCCACUGCAAGGCGCUCGCGCCCGAGUACGAGGAUGCUGCUACGACACUGAAGGAGAAGAACAUUGCGCUCGCCAAGAUUGACUGCACCGAGCAGGCGGAUCUAUGCAAAGAGUACGGUGUGGAAGGAUACCCAACCCUCAAGGUUUUCAGAGGCACAGAGAAUGUGACACCAUACUCUGGCCAGCGCAAGGCACCUGCAAUCGUCUCAUACAUGACCAAGCAGUCAUUGCCCGCCGUCUCCGAGCUCACCACAUCUACGGGAUUGGACGAGUUCAAGACCGCCGACAAGAUUGUCGUCGUUGGUUUCUUCGGUGCUGAUGACAAGGCUUCCAACGCCACCUUCACUGAGGUUGGCGAGGAGCUCCGCGACAACUACCUCUUUGGCGCCACAUCUGACGCCGGCCUCGCGGAGGCCGAGGGUGUCGUGCAGCCAUCGAUCGUCCUCUACAAGACGUUCGAUGAGGGCAAGAACACUUUCACGGAGAAGUUUGUCAAGGAAGACAUUCUGGCAUUCGCAAAGACCGCUGCUACUCCUUUGAUCGGCGAGGUUGGACCAGAGACCUACGCUGACUACAUGGCCGCCGGCAUUCCUCUCGCUUACAUCUUCGCUGAAACCCCAGAGGAGCGUGAAUCCCUCGCCAAGUCACUCAAGCCAGUGGCUGAGCAGUACAAGGGCAAGGUCAACUUCGCAACCAUCGAUGCCGGCGCUUUCGGCCAGCACGCAGGCAACCUCAACCUCGAGGUCGGCACAUGGCCAGCUUUCGCUAUUCAGGACACCACCAAGAACCAGAAGUUCCCUUACACCGAGGCCGGCUCCGCCAAGGCUCUCAGCGAGAAGAAGAUUGGAAACUUUGUCAAGGAUUUCGUUGCUGGUAAGAUUGAGCCAAGCAUCAAGAGCGAGCCCAUCCCAGAGAAGCAGGAGGGCCCAGUCACGGUUGUUGUGGCCAAGAACUAUCAGGAAGUCGUCAUCGACAGCAAGCAGGAUGUCCUCCUCGAGUUCUACGCGCCAUGGUGCGGACACUGCAAGGCUCUUGCACCAAAGUACGAUGAGCUCGCUGGCAUGUACAAGGACCACGCCGACAAGGUCGUCAUCUCCAAGGUCGAUGCCACCCUCAACGACGUUCCAGAUGAGAUCCAGGGCUUCCCCACCAUCAAGCUCUUCAAGGCCGGCUCCAAGGACGCGCCAAUUGAGUACUCUGGUGACCGCUCUAUCAAGGACCUUGCCAAGUUCAUUAAGGAGAACGGCUCCCACGGCAUUGACGCAUACGUUGCUCCUGAGGAGACCGAGACUGUCGAGACCGAGGGMAUGCCCAAGCAGGCCGCCGCUGCCACUGAAGGCAUCAAGGAUGCCGUCAAGGAGGCAGCUGAGGUCGUGAAGGAGGCGCUCACCGGUGAUGAGGAUCUUGAUGAGCACGAUGAGCUUUAG